GUCUACUUCCUGUAAUUCUAUUGGGUCUAACAGGCGGAAGCAGUGUUCUGGCAAACGAUACAUUUUUAUUUAGCUGGGUUAAAAGAUUGACAUUUAUUUCUCAAAAUGCCGGCGUACCACUCUGGCUUGAUGGAUGGGGACACCAAGAUGGUGGGGAACAUGGCUAUGCUGCCACUAAAAACCCAGUUCAAGGGCCCUGCAGCAAAAGAGACCAAAGAUUCUGACAUCAUUGACGAGGCCAUCUACUAUUUCAAAGCCAACGUCUUCUUUAAGAAUUAUGAAAUCAAGAACGAGGCAGACAGGACACUGAUCUACGUCACCCUUUACAUUUCUGAAUGUCUGAAGAAGCUACAGAAGUGCAGCUCCAGGGGUCAGGGAGAGAAGGAAAUGUACACUCUGGGCAUCACUAACUUUCCCAUCCCUGGAGAACCUGGCUUCCCUCUCAACGCCAUGUAUGCAAAGCCCAGCAACAAGCAGGAAGAGGAGACCAUGAGGGCGUACCUGCAGCAGAUCCGCCAAGAGACGGGGCUGAGGCUGUGUGACCGUGUGUUUGACCCUCAGACAGACAAACCCAGCAAGUGGUGGAUGUGCUUUGUCAAGAAACAGUUCAUGAACAAAAGCCUUUCAGCUCCUGGACAGUAGACAACUCAGGACUGCUGGAGGUUAUUUUAAACUGAAUAAGAAGAGUACAUGGACGUGCUAUUGGUCAUGUUAAGCUGGUGCUUGAUGUGUUCCUGUUGAUCUUUGACAAAAUGUAAGAACAGCAUUGUAUUUUUCUUGUUAAUUGUGUAAAUCAACAUGAAGAUGAUAUUUUCAAAACUUUA